UCCGCGACGGUCCCCGCCGCCGUCCCCGCGCCGCCUCGGCAGCCCCCAUUGUUCCGGCGGCGCCGGGCCCCAGCCCGGGCCACCUCGGGGCGGACCAGACGGGCGGCGGCCGACGGAGCGUAGACGCUGGGGCGCCGGCGCGACCGGGAGCGGCCGGGGUCAGCGCGGGAAUUCCGGGCAGCGGGGCCCGAGCGUGGGGCGGCCGGGCCCGCCGCGGCGAGCGCCGCCGUCUCCGGAGUGGGGGCACACCCCCGCCUCCGCCUUCCCGCCCCGUCUUUUCCCGCCGGCCUCCCCGAGCGGGGUGGGAGCCCCGGCGGGCGCCCCGGCGAUGAACCCCGACUGGAGGCGGCCGAUGUGACAGCAUGGGGGUGGACUUUGAUGUGAAGACUUUCUGCCACAAUUUGCGGGCAACUAAGCCUCCGUACGAGUGCCCUGUGGAGACCUGCCGCAAAGUAUACAAGAGCUACAGUGGUAUUGAGUACCACCUGUACCACUACGACCAUGACAACCCACCACCCCCACAACAGACGCCCCUCCGCAAGCACAAGAAGAAGGGUCGCCAGUCACGCCCAGCCAACAAGCAGUCACCCAGCCCCUCGGAGGUAUCUCAGUCACCAGGCCGCGAGGUGAUGAGUUACGCACAGGCCCAGCGCAUGGUAGAGGUAGACCUGCAUGGCCGAGUCCAUCGUAUCAGCAUCUUUGACAACCUGGAUGUGGUGUCCGAGGAUGAGGAAGCCCCCGAGGAGGCCCCUGAGAACGGCAGCAACAAGGAGAACACAGAGACACCUGCAGCUACGCCCAAGUCUGGCAAGCACAAGAACAAGGAGAAACGGAAGGACUCCAACCACCAUCACCACCACAAUGCUCCAGCCAGCACCGCUCCAAAGCUGCCGGAGGUGGUGUACCGGGAGCUGGAGCAGGACACCCCCGAUGCCCCGCCCCGGCCUACUUCCUACUACCGGUACAUCGAGAAGUCUGCGGAGGAGCUGGAUGAGGAAGUGGAGUACGACAUGGAUGAGGAGGACUACAUCUGGUUAGAUAUCAUGAACGAGCGGCGGAAGACGGAGGGUGUGAGUCCCAUCCCCCAGGAGAUCUUUGAGUACCUCAUGGACCGGCUGGAGAAGGAGUCCUACUUUGAAAGUCACAACAAAGGGGACCCCAAUGCACUAGUGGACGAAGAUGCCGUCUGCUGCAUCUGCAACGAUGGCGAGUGCCAGAACAGCAACGUCAUCCUCUUCUGUGACAUGUGCAACCUGGCCGUGCACCAGGAGUGCUACGGCGUCCCCUACAUUCCCGAGGGCCAGUGGCUGUGCCGCCGCUGCCUGCAGUCACCCUCUCGAGCCGUAGACUGUGCUCUGUGCCCCAACAAGGGCGGUGCCUUCAAGCAGACCGAUGACGGGCGCUGGGCCCACGUGGUGUGUGCUCUGUGGAUCCCUGAGGUCUGCUUCGCCAACACGGUCUUCCUAGAGCCUAUUGACAGCAUCGAACAUAUCCCCCCAGCCCGCUGGAAGCUCACCUGCUACAUUUGCAAACAGCGGGGCUCCGGGGCCUGCAUCCAGUGCCACAAGGCCAACUGCUACACAGCCUUCCACGUGACAUGUGCCCAGCAGGCAGGCCUCUACAUGAAAAUGGAGCCUGUCCGGGAGACAGGCGCCAAUGGCACCUCCUUCAGUGUCCGCAAGACAGCCUACUGCGACAUCCACACCCCCCCAGGCUCUGCGCGCCGCCUGCCCGCCCUGUCCCACAGCGAAGGGGAUGAGGAUGAGGAUGAAGAGGAAGAUGAGGGUAAAGGCUGGAGCUCAGAGAAGGUCAAGAAGGCCAAGGCGAAGUCCCGGAUCAAGAUGAAGAAAGCCAGGAAGAUCUUGGCGGAGAAGCGGGCAGCCGCACCUGUGGUGUCGGUGCCGUGCAUCCCACCACACAGACUCAGUAAAAUCACCAACCGUCUGACCAUCCAGAGGAAGAGCCAGUUCAUGCAGAGGCUACACAGCUACUGGACACUGAAGCGCCAGUCGCGGAACGGGGUCCCACUGUUGAGGCGCCUGCAGACACACCUACAGUCUCAGAGGAACUGUGACCAAGUUGGGAGAGAUUCUGAGGAUAAGAACUGGGCCCUUAAAGAACAGCUCAAGUCCUGGCAGCGGCUCCGGCAUGACCUAGAGCGAGCUCGGCUGCUGGUAGAACUGAUCCGAAAGCGGGAGAAACUCAAGAGGGAGACGAUCAAGGUCCAGCAGAUUGCCAUGGAGAUGCAGCUGACACCUUUCCUCAUCCUCCUUCGCAAAACCUUGGAGCAGCUCCAAGAGAAGGACACAGGCAACAUCUUCAGCGAGCCGGUCCCUCUGUCUGAGGUACCUGACUACCUUGACCACAUCAAAAAGCCCAUGGACUUUUUCACCAUGAAGCAAAACCUGGAGGCAUACCGCUACCUGAACUUUGAUGACUUUGAGGAGGACUUCAACCUCAUCGUCAGCAACUGCCUCAAGUAUAACGCCAAGGACACCAUCUUCUACAGGGCAGCAGUGCGGCUCCGGGAGCAGGGCGGCGCUGUGCUCCGCCAGGCCCGGCGGCAGGCAGAAAAAAUGGGCAUUGACUUUGAGACGGGCAUGCACAUCCCCCACAGCCUGCCUGGAGACGAUGCCCCGCGCCACACUGAAGAUGCAGAGGAAGAGCGGCUGACCCUGCUGGAGAGCCAGAAGCACCUGCCGGUGGAGGACCAGCUGAAGCUGCUGCUGGAGCGGCUGGACGAAGUCAAUGCCAGCAAGCAGAGUGUGGGCCGCUCCCGGCGCGCAAAAAUGAUCAAGAAAGAGAUGACGGCCUUGCGGCGGAAACUGGCCCACCAGCGGGAAACUGGCCGGGACGGGUCCGAGCGGCACGGCCCCUCCGGCAGAGGCAGUCUGACACCCCACCCAGCAGUCUGUGACAAAGACGGCCAGACAGACAGUGCGGCGGAGGAGAGCAGCAGCCAGGAGACAAGCAAAGGCCUGGGUCCCAACAUGUCCUCAACCCCCGCACAUGAGGUGGGCAGGAGAACCUCAGUUCUGUUCUCCAAAAAGAACCCGAAGACAGCUGGACCGCCCAAGAGGCCGGGCCGCCCCCCAAAAAACCGGGAGAGCCAGAUGACCCCCAGCCACGGAGGCAGUCCUGUGGGGCCCCCCCAGCUCCCCAUCAUGGGCUCCCUGCGUCAGCGCAAGCGGGGUAGGAGCCCCCGGCCCAGUUCGAGCUCAGACAGCGACAGUGAUAAGUCCACAGAAGACCCCCCAAUGGACUUACCAGCCAAUGGCUUCAGCAGUGGAAACCAGCCAGUGAAGAAGAGCUUCCUGGUGUACCGCAAUGACUGCAACCUUCCCCGGAGCAGCUCGGACUCCGAGUCCAGCAGCAGCAGCAGUAGCAGCGCCGCCUCAGACCGGACCAGCACAACACCCUCCAAACAAGGCCGGGGUAAGCCCUCCUUCUCUCGGGGGACAUUCCCAGAGGACAGCAGUGAAGACACCUCAGGCACUGAGAAUGAGGCCUACUCCGUGGGCACUGGCCGCGGCGUGGGCCACAGCAGUAAGUACUCUCCCUCGCAGCCAGGGGUGCUAGGCACCCGGCGUCAGGGCCUUGCCAGCUCUCUAGCUGCUGAUCCGCCCCCUCUCUCCCAUUCCUGCCAAGUGGUGAGGAAGAGUCUGAGCCGGGGAGCUGGCUGGCUGUCCGAGGAUGAGGACUCCCCACUGGACGCUCUGGACCUCGUGUGGGCCAAAUGCCGGGGGUAUCCAUCCUACCCAGCACUGAUCAUCGAUCCAAAAAUGCCCCGAGAAGGUAUGUUCCACCAUGGGGUUCCCAUCCCUGUGCCCCCCCUGGAGGUGUUGAAACUUGGGGAGCAGAUGACCCAGGAAGCCCGAGAGCAUCUCUACCUCGUUCUCUUCUUUGAUAACAAGCGAACCUGGCAGUGGUUGCCCAGGACUAAGCUGGUUCCUCUUGGUGUGAACCAGGACCUAGACAAAGAGAAGAUGCUGGAGGGCCGCAAGUCCAACAUCCGCAAGUCUGUGCAGAUCGCCUACCAUAGGGCCCUGCAGCACCGCAGCAAGGUGCAGGGGGAGCAGAGCAGUGAGACCAGCGACAGCGACUGACCUUGCCCAGCAGAACGCAACCGCCAGUGCCCUAGGACCUCUCUUUCCCUUGCUGCUCACUGUCCUGGAGUGGCUCCAGCCUCUGCACUGACUCAUUCCUGGUCUUGGGGCCAGUCUCAGGGGAAGCUGGGUUGGGGGAGGUCCCUCCUGCCCUGAGUGCAGCUGGACUGUACGGAACACUCCAAGCGCCUGUGGCAACUUAGUGCAAGGAGAGGGGAGGUCCCACAGGUCAGAAAGCGCUCCAGAGAUCGUGGCCUUGCAAGCUAGAUGGUGGGCCAAGGUUAGGACACUGCGUAAAACAGGACCUGCCACCACCUCUGCCUGCUCGUGCUAGGAGCAUCUGUAACUGCCUAGAGGCCUAAGGCCCCUGCAGGCAGUGAGGUGAGCGGGCAUCUACCCAGCAUAGCAGUGGGAUUGAUGUCUGUCGAGCCCAGAAGAGGGGCACUAGGUGACCUCUCCCAAGCUGUUGUAUAUACUGUAAUUAUUGGAGAAUUUAAAUUAUUCUCAUUUGUAACUGCGUUUCCGGGUCGCGCCAGAGUCAUUUGGUACUAAAAAGACAGGGGCUUGCCCCUACCUCCCUUCUCUUUCCCAUAGAUUGCCCUACCUUUCAAGCUGGUUUGUAUUUAUUUCAAAGGAAAAUAUAUUGAUUCUUAGAAAAUAAAGUCUAUUUACAA